AUGUCGAGCAAUUUGGCCGAGUACUUCGCUAAGCAGCGGGGGAACCCAGACGACGACUCUGGGAGCAAUAAAAUGCCCGUGAAACGUGCCCCUAACGAGAGCUUGCCCUACGGUCAAGACGAGGAUAUGGGACCGUCUGUGUCGAUGGCUAAACAGGCGAAAGAUGAUGACGAUUUCAACAAGUCCACUUUCAAACUGAAACGAACAAGAUCGAUGGGGUUGCUAGAUGAUUAUCUCGAUCCCACGAAAAAACAAACGGAGGCGGGAGGUGAGACAGUACACGGGACUGCAUUGGAUUCUGACCCUGUUGAAGAUAUGGAAAUGGAGAGUACUUACCAACCGACGUAUCACGAUGACAGUCUGAUGACCUCCGCAUCUGUAUCGCCCCCACCGGCAGAUAACGACAUGUUGAUACCACAGGACGACACGGACGUCGUCAGGGAGCCACAGAGGCACGUGGAUUACCUGUCACACCACUGGAAGGAGUCCGAGAUCUCAAAUUCUUGGAAGUACAUUAUUUUGAAGAAGAAGAAGAGGGAUGUGGAUUUGGUCAACGCUGCAAGGUUGGAAAAUGCAUCGUGGAGGACUUGGGCAAAGGCAAGGAACAACCUGAGGACCGUGUCACCAGAGGUAGUGAACUGGUCGAAGGAUUCUGACGUUACGUGGCUGUACGGGCCGAUUGUCAGGGGUAAUGACGGUAAGAAGAAACACAAACAAGAUGACGAUCAGUAUACGUACGAUCGUGGUGAUGGUGAUAUGGACGAUGACGAUGACGAUGACGACGAGGAUGCUGAUUAUCUGAUGGGUUACGGGUCAGAUAACGACGAAAAUCGCCAAAGAGUGUCCACCCACAGAUCGGAAACCCAGCACAGUCACCAAGAGCACACUACACGAAAUGACAGGGACCUCAAGGCACCCAAACCGAUUCUAAAGAAAAGAACGGUGACUGAGAUCAUAGAGGAGAACGCUCAGUGGAAGUUGAAUGAGGCGAGGAAGCAUCUUAACGAAAUAAAGAACACUGUCAGCAUAACAGACCCCAACGGGCCCUCGAGUGUGCACGAUGAUUACGAUCUGUUGGCAGCCAAAGUCAACGCCCAAUACUACAAUUACCCAAAGCGCAAUACAUCCGCACAGUCAGAUCGUGUGGAAUCGCCACAACCGCAACGGCCACAGAAGCAACUAGUUUCAGGAACGCAACGUGUUGCUUCCCCAAAUGAGGACACGGGAGGAGACACUGCGGUCCAAGUGACACCAAAAAACACCGAUACUAACGGAAUGGAUCAAUAUACAGAGAAGGGGAGAUAUCAGUCAUCACAGGGUGCCAAUGAGAAUGGAACAGAAUCAACAUUUGGUACGAUAAAGAAGGAUACGCUUGGCCAGAACCGCACGUUGUCGUCUAUCCUAACUUCUCCCUCUACGGUGCAGCUAAGAAAGGACAAGAAAAAGACACGGGGGAGUGUAGACAUGGAUGGUGUCUCGACUGAGAAGAUUAGAGAUAGACAUAUUCAUUUUAAUGACCGUGUGGAACAGUGUAGGGUGGUAAAAUAUCCGGACAGCGAAGCCGGUGAAAGUGACAACUACAGUGAUGGAUACGAGGACGAUGAGUAUUUCACGGAUGAAAGCCACGAUCAGCUUUCCAACUACUCAGGAACGGACUCAGAAACAGAUUCAAACUCAAACGACGAGGAUAACGACGGACUUUUCAUCAACGCAAGAUUUGCUAGAAGGUCAGACUCUGUGGCGCAUUCUCCAAUCACAGACAACUCAUCUGUUACCUCUUCGCUUCAUGGCAGACAACACCAUGUCCGCCCAAUAAUCAAAUUACUACCGGCAACUACGCUAAAUUAUGGCUCCGACGAAGAGUCCGAUAACAGCGACUAUAGUGCCAAUCAUGGUAAUGCAGUAUCACACAACGUCAACACACAAAGAGGGUACGAUUAUAUCUACGACUACAACUCUGUGUACACGGGGGAUACAUCUAGUUUUUUGCCCGUUGACUCAUGCGAUAUAGUGGACGUUCCCGAGGGCAUUGAUUUGCAAACGGCCAUAGCCGAUGACAAUUCGAAGAACUAUAAUCUCCUGUCAUCCCAGACCUCGCACAAAGCUGUAGUUAAUCAAACUACGGAUUUAGAUUCUCGCCUGUGCAAUAGCGACGAUCAAUACAGUUUAUCCUCGAACACCGAUGACGAGCAGUUCAUUGAGGACUCCAAUUAUAGGAGUUCUGAUGAGGACAAUAUAUCCAUCAACAGCAGUGAUGAGGAUUCAGACCCGAACGAUGUUGAGAAGAAUUUGACAAAAGUCCCAUCAAAUAUGGACGCCGACGAGCUGGCGUUGAGAAGAACUUUAUCUGUUGGCAAGAGUAAUAACUCGUUAAGAGACCUUACGAAGGAGGGGUCCACUCCCUCUUUGAGCAAGCUGUUAACGCACAGUUUAAUUAGCGGGAAGCCCUUUAAUAAAGAAGAGGGAGAGAAAGCUAGUGAAAAUAUUAGCGAAGAGUCUUUGAAAAGGUCUUCUGGGUCACGGCGUGGUUUGACAAGCAAUUUCAUCUUCAACUCUGACAGUGAAGAGGAGGACGAGGAGGCUGCUGAAGAGUUAAACGAGGAUGAAAAUCUACAUGGAGAUCUAAGUUUAGAAUCGCUAACCCUUAAAACCCCCAAGCGGAAACUAGGUCCACCUCAACGAUCUAGUAGCAGUUUACUUUCUACGCUGGCUCAUAGUAAAAGCGCCGGGGAAGAUAGGCGAUCGUCAAGUGACUUAAACAAAAGCUUAGGAUUACCGAACAGUUCAUCGUCAGCUGCGGCAAUAGCACCUAAUGACAUUGCAAUUAACGGGGUUUUUCCACCUAGGAAUGAUUCUUUGAAAUCAAUAGCCUCGAAGGAAAAACUGAUCAAUGCAAAUAGCGAGGGCAGUCACAGCGACCGCGCUUUCAAAAACAAAACAUAG